AUGGACGCCUUCCUUCACAAGAUUGCAAGCAGCAUGCUCUUCACUUCGACCAAGUUGACACCAGCCGAAGAGAUCAAGCAACAGAAGCCCGUCCUGCUCGCCUCGGGAAGUUCACGCUUGCCCCCAUUGCACCAUAGCACACAGCGCAGCAUGCAGCCAGAGUUGCCCCAUGACUUGUCACGCCGCCGCAUUGCUCACUGGGACAACAAGCGGGAGAAGUGUGCCAACUGCAAGCACAUCUAUCUCAAGACACUGAGUCGACACGUGGGCUUUUGCUCGGUGGACUGCAAAUCAAACAUGGUGUACCUGGAAAAGGUCAACCGGACCAUUCACGCCAUGAAGGACGCGGUGCAGGAGCAACGUCGACAGAAGGAGACCCAAGAGAAAGAGCGGCAACAACAAGAACUAGUGCAACAAUCCGAGUGCCAGAAGUGUGAUGAUGACGAAUUGGACGUCAUGGAGACGGAAUGCAAGACCUAUGCUGAGUUUGGUCUCGAGUCACGUAUUCUUGAAGCCAGCAAAGUUGAGUGGGCGUUCAGUGCUAUGUAUUAA